CCGGAUGUGACGCAGCUGCUGGUCUUCGCGGUUCCUACCUGAGCAGCUGCAGCGAUGGCGACGUCUUUAGGAUCGAAUACCUACAACAGACAGAACUGGGAGGAUUCGGACUUUCCUAUUCUCUGUCAAACAUGUUUAGGGGAAAAUCCUUACAUUCGCAUGUCCAAGGAGAAAUAUGGAAAAGAAUGCAAGAUCUGUGCAAGGCCCUUCACUGUGUUCCGCUGGUGUCCGGGGGUUCGGAUGCGCUUUAAGAAGACGGAGGUUUGUCAGACGUGCAGUAAGAUGAAGAAUGUGUGUCAGACCUGUCUACUGGAUCUGGAGUACGGUCUUCCUAUCCAGGUUAGAGACACUGGCCUGUCCAUCAAAGAUGAUGUACCAAAAUCAGAUGUCAACAAGGAAUAUUACACACAGAACAUGGAAAGAGAGAUCCAGAACUCAGACGGUACACGGCCGGUGGGCAUGCUUGGUAAAGCGCCCAGCUCCAGUGAUAUGCUGCUGAAACUUGCCCGCACCUCACCCUACUACAAGAGAAAUCGCCCCCACAUCUGCUCCUUCUGGGUGAAGGGAGAGUGUAGGAGAGGAGAGGAGUGCCCUUACAGGCAUGAGAAGCCUACAGAUCCCGAUGAUCCUCUGGCGGAUCAGAACAUUAAAGACCGAUUUUAUGGCAUCAAUGACCCAGUUGCUAAUAAACUGCUGCAGAGAGCCUCUACCAUGCCCAGACUGGAUCCACCUGAGGACAAGACCAUCAGCACCCUCUACAUCGGGGGUUUGGGUGAGAACAUCACAGACUCAGAGCUCAGGAGCCAUUUCUACCAGUUUGGUGAGAUUCGCACCAUUACUCUAGUGCAGAGGCAGCAGUGUGCCUUCAUUCAGUUCGCUACGAGACAAGCGGCUGAACUGGCUGCAGAGAAAUCCUUCAACAAGCUCAUCGUCAACGGCCGCCGGCUCACCGUCAAGUGGGGCCGCUCACAGGCAGCCAAGAGCAAGGAGAUUAAAGAAGGCUACAGUGAGAUGGGCACCAGACUGGAGCCUGUUCCUGGUCUGCCUGCAGCUCUGCCCCCGCCUCCAGCUUUGGAAGAUGAGACCCCAGCUAACUACUUUAAUCUGGACCCCAGCAGCUCUUCAGCAAUGUUGAAUCUUAACCUGCCCCUCCCACCUGGCCUAGCCAACCCACCACCUCCAGGUUUUGGCCCUCCAGUGUUCCACCCCAUGGGCCCACCUCCUCCUCCCCCAAUGGCCUUGAGACCCCCAGGGCACAUCCACUACCCAUCUCAGGACCCUCAGAGAAUGGGCACUCACGCUGCAACACGCCACGGAGACUAGAAGCUUCAUCCUUACCAGAUUCUGGGUUCAUUGGUCGACUUCAGCUGAGACUGAAGAACUGCUGAGUGAUCGUCUGAUGAAAGGCCAGAGUGACGUUGUGCAGAGCAUGACUGCCUCUGUUUAUAAAGCUUAUGGCUCUAGCUGAUGAGAUGACCCUUAUUUUACUGGCCCAUAAUUAGACUGACCCUGAUGACCUUUCAGAUAGAGGGAGGAGUUAGGGUAGAGGCACUGUUGGAUUUUGAGAAAUGGAGAAUGAUGUCAAUGUUAACAGCACAGGGUUUAGAGCUCAUGUUUAAGUUUACACAGGAGCACAGCAACACGAUUAACAGUGUCUGCCUAAUUUGCUUAAUUAGCCGUACAGAAAGUAACGAAAUAAAACUGUGAACUAAUCAACGUUUUCAAUUGUUUGUCAGGUUGUUUACAGUAAAGGAGUUCUUCACACCCUUGCUGUUUGAGUGACUCUAAUAGUUGAUCUCUUUUGUAUUAUGUCAAAACCUCAUGAUUAUUGGACUAAUAUAAUGCUUUUAUCUAUUAGCCAGAUUUUUUUAGGUUGACAUUUUGAACAUUUUUGUAAUGUACCUGUUUAUUACACUUUCAAAUAUAUUGGGGAAAAAAAUCUUACUCUUAUAUACCUAGUUCCACUUACAGAAUAUUUUGAAACACAUGAUAGAAGCGGGGAAAUGAUGAAACGUUUAGGCAGCUAUAGUCCUAAAGGUCUAGAUUCCUGCACUUUUGUACGUUUCCUGUUUAUUCACACUUGAUUAAACUCACCCAAUAAUUAUUAUAUAGCUCAGGAAAUCUGACUCUGGCCCUGCUUUCCACUCGUGUUUAAAUCUAUCAUUAAACCUUGUAUUUGCGA